GUAGUCACUAUGAAAGAUUAUUACAUUAAAAGCGUGGAAAAUCUCGUUAUUUUUCUAUUUCUUCUCACUUCCGUAGUUGUUUUCGGAGAUUCCGAAGAUACUCCAACAACUGAAGCGCCUGUUACAACUGCUACUGAAACCACGGUCGGAUCAAUGCCCGAUGAAACUGUUGAAGUACAUUCGACUUCAACUGCUACAGAAUCCACUAAUAAUCCAACUGUUACUAGCACUGCUUCAAUGCAACCACAAGCAACCCAUAAAGAUGAUUCUGAUGAUGAUGAUGAUGAUCGUAUUGGAUCUAUGUCCGAUGAAGAUGAAGCUGAAGACGAAGAAGGUAUAGGUGACGAAGCUAUACCAGAAGAAGAAAUUGCUCUUGAAAAAGUAACAGAACCUGAAACAAAUAAUGCUAAAUGUGGAUAUGAUGCAGAUAUUACGAUGAAAGUGAUAUGUUUAGAAAUGUUGAAGCAAUAUUUGAAUAAAAGCAGUUGGGUAAAAUACGAAGCUCGUCAAAAAGAUAAACAGAAAGCGUUUGAAAAAAUAAGUAAUGCCAUGUGCUAUGAAUCUUCGAAAAAACACUGGGCAAGAAAUAGGUUGGAUUACAAUACAUACAAUUUUAUCUCCGGAUACUUUAAAAAAUUUUGUAAAUGUUUAUAAAAUUAGUCAAUAAUGAUGCAUUUAACUUGGACAAAUUAAAUUUGACAGUCGGACAGAUUCCAUUUAAUCUCG